AUGGCAGCUCAGUGCGACUCCUUGAGCGGAUACAUGAACCAGUCAGACCCCGGCUCCAACAGCGAGAGAAGCACCGACUCCCCGCUCCCCGGCUCCGAGGACGACUCUCCCGCCCUCCACGACCCGGAGUGGGGAGAAGAGAGAUUCCGGGUGGAUAGGAAGAAGCUGGAGACCAUGCUACAAGCAGCGGCAGAAGGAAAGGGCAAGAGCGGUGAAGAUUUCUUUCAGAAGAUUAUGGAAGAAACAAAUACACAGAUCGCGUGGCCAUCUAAACUGAAGAUAGGAGCAAAGUCAAAGAAAGACCCACAUAUAAAAGUAUCUGGCAAAAAAGAAAAUGUGAAGGAAGCCAAGGAAAGGAUAAUGUCUGUAUUAGAUACGAAGAGUAACAGAGUUACUUUAAAAAUGGACGUCUCCCAUACUGAGCACUCUCAUGUCAUCGGUAAAGGGGGCAACAACAUCAAGAAGGUAAUGGAGGAAACUGGUUGCCACAUACAUUUCCCCGAUUCAAAUCGAAACAAUCAAGCGGAGAAAAGUAACCAGGUAUCAAUUGCUGGGCAACCUGCUGGAGUCGAAUCUGCAAGAGUAAGAAUACGUGAGCUGCUACCGUUGGUGCUGAUGUUUGACUUGCCCAUCGCGGGUAUUCUGCAGCCAAUUCCAGAUCCAAACUCUCCCACAAUCCAGCACAUCUCUCAAACCUACAACAUAACUGUUUCUUUCAAGCAGCGCUCCAGAGUGUACGGUGCUACUGUGAUUGUAAGAGGGUCCCAGAAUAACACCAGUGCUGUUAAGGAAGGCACUGCACUAUUGCUGGAGCAUCUUGCUGGUAGCCUUGCCAAUGCUAUACCUGUCAGCACACAGUUGGAUAUUGCUGCACAGCAUCACCUCUUUAUGAUGGGCCGAAACGGUGGCAACAUCAAACACAUAAUGCAACGAACUGGUGCUCAGAUCCACUUUCCAGAUCCAAAUAAUCCCCUGAAGAAGUCCACAGUCUACCUCCAAGGCACCAUCGAGUCAGUCUGCCUGGCCAGACAAUAUCUCAUGGGUUGUCUCCCACUAGUUCUGAUGUUUGACAUGAAAGAAGAGAUUGAAGUGGAGCCACAGUAUAUAACUCAACUCAUGGAGCAGUUAGAUGUAUUCAUCAGCAUAAAACCAAAGCCCAAGCAGCCAAGUAAAUCAGUGAUUGUAAAAAGCGUUGAACGAAAUGCCUUAAAUAUGUACGAAGCCCGAAAGUGCCUUCUUGGACUUGACAGCAGUGGAGUGGCCAUUACAAGCCAGUCUACAUUAUCCUGUCCAAUGCCUUUUCAUGGACUGGAUAUCCUUACAGCAGGUUUGGGACUUACUGGAUUAGGUCUCCUGGGCCCCAAUGCCCUUUCUAUUAAUUCGUCUACGGCACAAAAUACUCUGCUGAACGCCCUGAACAGUUCGGUCAGUCCACUUCACAGCCCCAGUUCUGCACCUAGUCCAACACUUUGGGCAACUUCACUAGCGAACACCACCAACGCUGCAGGAUUUUCUGCCAUACCACAUAUGAUGGUGCCAUCUUCUGCACAAGCCACGUUAACUAGCUUUCUUCUAUCUGGAGUGCCCAACUAUGGUCAGAAUACCCCAUCUCCACCGCCUGGCUUGACCCCAGUUGAUGUCCAUAUGAAUGGAAUGCACUCGGAAUGCAAGAAAGUAGCAUCUGCAUUAAAUGGUCAUGUGAAGUCGACAAACAUGAAAUAUGGCACAAUAUCUGCAUCAUCUCUAGGAGACAAAGUGAUGAACUCACACCUACCUGAAUCAUCUAGACAGUCAAACAACCGCAGCUCCCCCGACCAAACAAGCACAAAGUCAGAAGGAUGUAAUGAUGCCUUUGUGGAAGUAGGAAUGCCAAGAAGUCCAUCACAUUCAGCAAACACAAAUGAUCUUAAGCAAAUGCUGAACUCGGCCAAAGCCCCCUGUACGAAGAGGCAGACGGUGGAAUUAUUACAAGGCACAAAGAACUCUCACUUACAUAGUACAGAGCGGUUACUGUCUGAUUCAGAGAUGAGCUCUCCUGAAGGUCCCAUCACUGACAAGAAGGCCCCAGGAAGUGAACGAGCAGCCGAACGAGCCGCACAGCAGAAUUCAGAGAGGGUACGACUGAAUUCACAGUCGUCAUACACCAAUAUGCAGGCUUAUGACUAUGAACAAAAGAAGUUGUUAGCGACAAAAGCUAUGUUGAAGAAACCAGUUGUGACAGAAGUGAGGACACCAACAAACACCUGGAGUGGACUGGGCUUCUCAAAAUCUAUGCCUGCAGAAACCAUUAAAGAAUUAAGAAGAGCUAACCAUGUGUCAUACAAGCCGACCAUGAGUACGACAUACGAGGCCCCCUCCAUGUCUCUCUCUCGGUCAAACAGUCGAGAACAACUCGGAAAUAGUAGCGACUCUGAUAACUGGAGGGACAGGAAUGGGAUCGACUCAUCUCAUAACGACUACUCAUCAUCUAUUGGAAGCCCCAAGAGGAAGCAGAAUAAAUCUGCAGAGCACUAUCUGAGCAGCAGCAAUUACAUGGACUGCAUCUCCUCUCUAACUGGAAGCAAUGGAUGUAAUCUGAAUAGUUCCUACAAAGGUUCUGAUCUCCCUGAACUGUUCAGCAAGCUUGGACUGGGGAAGUAUACUGACAUCUUCCAGCAACAAGAGAUUGAUCUACAGACAUUCCUCACAUUGACCGAUCAGGACUUAAAGGAGCUUGGUAUAACGACAUUUGGUGCACGAAGGAAAAUGCUGCUGGCAAUCUCAGAACUGAAUAAAAACAGGAGAAAGUUGUUUGAGCCGACCAGUAUCCGAUCUUCGUUCCUGGAGGGAGGAGCCAGCGGGAGGCUUCCACGCCAGUAUCACUCAGACAUUGCUAGUGUCAGCGGUCGCUGGUAGCAGUCAGCGGGAUAACUUGACCAGAAGUGCAGAGAACAUCACGGCUGACCUGUGGACAGACAUAACUACGCAUUCUUUUUUUGUUUAUACCAUCAGCACUUUAAUGUCAAGGUACCACGGACCAAAGUAACGUGUUCGCACAAGUACUUGUGGUUCAGAACACCAAAUGUGGGAUAUGUUUUGUUUGACUAUGUAGACUGGACCGAAAUGCAAUAGCAGAAAAAAAAGUUUAAUGGUUUUAUGUUUUAGUAUUUUAUGUAUAAGUAUAUUGUAUGCACUGAAAUUUUACCUGUACUGAAUGAAGAAUUAAUCUCUCAGAUCUUCGAGGGCAUGACUUAAUGGUUUUAUUGUGAAGGAAUUUUCUAUACUCCAUAGUAAUAAUAAUAAUAAUCAGAUAUUUCUGCACUUUACAGCCUCCUAACCGUGUCUCCUGUGGAAAUUUCACAUUCUGUCCUCUUCUUCCAUGUAAACUGUUUAUUAUCACCAAUCAUAGCCUGAUUUACAGUAACAAUUCAUCCUCUAAGUAUUAUAAUGUAUUUCAAUGAUGCCAUUGGAAACUGGGAACCAUUUUACAAUUACUGGUAGAUGACUUUUUUUUAUUCUGUUAUUUAAUAUUCUCUGAACGCUUACAUUGAAGCAAGUUCACUGUAACAGAUGAAAGGACCAGGGUGGACUUUGUAGUUAGAAUUUCUUCUCCUUUGCACUCAUCCCCAGGAAGACGAUGCAAACCAAGGAGGAGGAGAUGAAUGAUGUAUUUUAUUACAUUUAUUUAUACCAGCAGAUCCAUCUCCUUCUUCUCUGGUCUCAUACAAGCUGCUAAGUCAGUUCACUUAGCCAGUACCUAAUGGGGAUUCUCCUUGCCUGUCAAUAACCAAAGGUGAAUAUCACACAUCAGAAAAUCCAUCACUUUUAUACUGUGAAACCUAAAGUUACCCUAUGUGACCAUACUCAUGAAGGACAUCACAUGUUCCCUUGUGAUAAUGUCUCCGUUCCAGAAAGGGGCAACCGGGUUACGUUUUCAGAGAGCUAGGAAUUGCAUGUACUGUAAAUUUGCUUGGACUGUAAAUAAGAAAAGUUGUUAAUCAUCCUUACACAUAAAGCCUUAAAGCUCUACACGUGGAGCUACACCAGCAGUGAGACAUUCCACCUGGACAAGUGCUCUUCAUUAGUGGCACCUUAAGGGUCUGAAAGCAUGGUACGGUCUAUAGACCACCGACACUCACGCCAAUGACUGCUUUCAUAAUUAACUUGCCGCGUGACUAUUUGCACACAAAGGGAAUGUUGUGUUUUUUGUUGUUUUAAAUAUAUAUAUAAAAAUCUAUUUUUUUUUUUCUUUUGCUGCACAGAGAUACGUUUAUGGGCAUAGGCAACGCAGCAAUAAAAUAACUAUUGAUUUCUAAUAAGUCACUAUUGAGUGGUGGUUUUGGGGCUUUGCACACUACAUUUGGUAAACCACUUCCUUUCAUAAAUUUUGUGGUGUUAAUUAAUACUAUAAAGCAUUUUAUGCCAUAUGGGUCAUUUUGGAAUCCCACAUUUUAAUAAAAACACAUAUGGGUAUUGAAACUUUUUAUAAUUUUAUAGAGUGUUUCCCUUUAUGUACUAUGUUUUGUUUAAAUUCUAUGACUUGUUCUUUGAUUAUAGUUUGAUGUGACAGGGUGUGGCAUGGGAAUAUUCUAGCGAUCACCCAAAGGUACUGCAAGAGUAAUCAGAACAUACAUUGUAUGCACAAUAAACCUCUACAGAAUUCUUCUUUUUUUUUUUUUUUUUUUUUUUUUUUUUUUAAUGUCGAUCCAUAAACAACAGUGUUUGCCAGAUUACCUUCAUCCUGGUAUUUGUUACUUUUAUGUUGUGCCUUGAGAGAGACAAGUUGUCUGUAAAUGUAGGA